AUGGUCGAGAUUCUCCCCGACCCUGCUCGGCCGCCCACACCCCCAAGGCCAGGCUCUCGCCUUGAAGAUCGAAAGUCGCCAGUCUCUCAAACUCCCGGGCAGUCAUCUCAACCAGACACCAGGGCUCCUCCAUCAAGUCGCGGUUCCAAACGCGUGACAUUCUCGCCAUGGCCACAUAUCACCGCCACAAUUCAGUCUCCACGGUUUCCCAAAAAGUCUAAGUCGAAGGACAGCCCGAACUUUAAGAGCCCGCUCUCAGUCGAUAACCGGCCGUUCAAAUCCAUUCUCAAAGAGACCAGCUCUCCGAUUCCUGUGUGGUCUCCUAAUGUUGAUACCUUCACCACCGAAUCGCUUGCCAUGCUCCUCGAAUCGGUCAUCCAGCAGUUAGCUGGAGAGUCCAUACCCUCUCGACUUGAUGCUUACAUGCAAUUUUUUGGAGCUUUGCGCACAUAUGAUGGAUUACCAGCGGGUAAAGACAUUGCUGAAAAAUUGGGCUUGAUCACAGACUUCAUCCAGCGUGAUGUCACUCGAAAUCUUGUAGACCCCGCGCCACUAGACACAAAUCUCGCCAUCCAGGCUUUGAAGCUCUGCAAUGCUUUUGUGUGGCACAAAGAAAUUUCAGCGCAGCUCUCGGAGGAUUUCAGGGUUUUCCUCGUGGAGCAUGCAAUCACUGGUCUCCAGGAAGGCAAAGCGCCCAAGUCCGUCUUGACACAUUACAUGUCUAUUCUGGCCACUCAAAACUUUGGUUCCAAAGUCAUGUCGAGUAACCGAGUCACUCGCAUCCUCACUGUUCUACAAGACGAGAACCAACGUAUCUCUGGUAAAGCGAUUGCGCUGCAUCGUUUGAGUAUCUAUCAGCGCCUUCUCACUCAAUCCAAGGGAACGUUUCUCUCCCAUUCUACACUUUGGGUUGAGCAACUGGUUCAUGGCCUUCUGAAUCAGGUGAAGGAAACCAGAGCUAAAGCCGUCGCCCUUGGAUUUCAGAUUUCCAUGGCUGCAGGACCAAGCCCUGGUGUCUCCAAGAGUAUCCGUGAGCUUUUCGAUCGACCUAUUGGAAGUGACAGGAAAAUGGCCGCCGAGGUUCACGAACGUAUGUCAAGAAUGAUGGGCUCUGUUGAUAGCGGAGCUCAUGUUCCACAGGUCUGGAGCAUUAUCGUUCUCCUACUUCGGAGUAAGAAGUGGAGAUUGGACCAGUGGGAACACUUCAAGGACUGGGUUCUUGUUCUUCAAAAGUGCUUCAACUGCAGCGAGCCCGUCAUAAAGGCACAUGCAAUUGUCAGUUGGAAUCGAUUCGUGUAUGCCGUCAGCCCCGACGAAACCACCGGUCUGGCUCUAUUGAAGAUGUUGGGCAGGCCGGUGCUUUCGCAAUUUGAGAAAAAGAAGUCGGAUAAGUCUGCAUCGCCACCCACACAACUUGCCUUGGCCAGCUAUUAUAACCUGCUUUACUACACUUUCCGUCCGUCUUCCUCUUAUCGAUACCUUGAUAUGAUUUGGGAGGAAUAUGUCGCCAUGCCAUCUGCAAGCACGUUCUCAACCUUACCGGCUCUCAGCGACAGCGCUUCCCGUGUAUUGGGGAACAUUUUGUGGACCCAACAAGCCAAGGUGUGGAGUGAAAAUCGAAUCAAUGACAACAGCAAGAUUGAAGUGGAGGAGAUUCCUUCGGUGGACCCAAAAUGGAUACGUUCGAGAGUAUCUGUGGUUUUAAGGGUCUUUGAGUCAUUGUUCAAGUCAUCAGUUUGGGAUGAUGAUGCACAUGAGCGUUCACAUAUUGCCUCGGCCUGGAACUGUCUUGUGAGUGCUUUGUCCCUUGCUUCUAGCAAAGAAAUUACACCAUCGGGCGAGUCUAUGCAGGCUGUUGCAAGUGCUCUUGGCCUACUUCAUCGUCUGUGGAUUGCCGGGCCGUCCUCCUUGAACGCACUUGGCGAUGAUUCUACGGAUCUCUUCUACGAAAGAUUCAGAUUCCUUUCCAAAACAGUUAUCCUCUCACUCGGCGGAAUUCCUUUUACCGAAAAGCUAUUCCUGAAGACUCUGGAUGGGACAUCCGAGACUGGUAGUACCCCCGCACAUCAUCCGUCCGGCGCAGGCACCAACCUGGAAAAUCCGAUUGUUCAUCUUCUGCGAAUAAUCAUGACAACCAACUCGAAAACAACCCCCACUAUUUCCUACAGUCGUCUGGUUGAUGAGACCCUUGGCGCGUCAUGCAAUGUCAGGAUCUCACGUGGGUCCCGUCUCGAACUUUUGCAGCAGUGUGCAAAUAUUAGUACCGGAAGGUCUCCUCAUUCUUCUCAUCUGUCGUUGUUUCAAGAAGAAGUUUGGAAAUCUAGCGCCCGAGCGGCUGCAGAUGCCCUACGGUCAUUCCCAGUCGAGUCUGCCCGCGAGCGUGAUGGUUCUGUCUCACGCGAUUAUGACAACGUCAUCAAGAUUCUGUUGUCUGGUUUGCAGUUCACAGAUUGCUCCGAAGAGUGGUCAAAUCUACUAGGUGCGUUCAUGCAUGUAGUGGAAACAGAGAAGGGUGAUCAAAUUACUUUGAUUGUCGCGCCUCUCGCCGAAGGCCUUCUAUUCGUUCCCACUGAAGUCUCCCAUCGGUAUCUUACAGCACUACUCAACCAUGCCUCUUCGAUUUUCUUCACACGAGAGACUGGGCUGGGAACCGCGAAUACUAUCACUCAGCAGGAAAGCUCAUCAUCGAUUCCUGCACAGCUGGUCGAGGCGAUCGCAUCAACCCUGCAGUUGGCAUACAGACUUGUUGGUUCUCCAAAGACCGAUGGUCUGGAUGAGUUCCUGAAAUCCUUCUCUGUCGUUCUCGGAUCUGGCACAAAGCAUUUCCGCUCUAAUUUUCUUCUCGUGUUACAACCCACCCUUGCUGCGUGGAUGAAAGAUGAAGAACAAAAGUUUGAUGGUGUAGAUAGCCGAAUUAAGAAUGCGUAUCGAACACUGUCAGGUGCCAUUAUUACCGUGCUAGAUACCUGCGUUGGCGACACUGGGGACUAUAAGAACUUUGGCUGUCUAAUUCGCGAAGGGCUGGAGUCGACUCAAAUGUCAAGAGCCCUGGACUUCCUUGGCUUCUGGGAACAGUCGGAGACAGCUCGCAAAGCAUUCUCUGAUUCGAGUGCAAUGGAGGAUAGUGCACGCCAAAGCAGGGCUCGACUGAUUGCUUCCAACUUCAUUCCUGAAGAGCAUGUUGAUAUUGAAAAAGUGAGUUUCAUCCGGCUCAUUCUCGUUGGUCCUCCUAUUGACUCCUGGGAAUCCCAGACGUUGAAUCCGGACAGCCCUAGUUACAAACCUACAAGCCCCGAUCUUCCUCAAUCACGCGUGAACUCAUCACAUGGCUCCAUCGCCUCACCCACCCUUGAAAGAAAGCCUGCCAAUGCUGUUGAAAGUGCAGAGUCGGUUGAACCCCAGUUGCCUGAUGUACAACCUGAGCUCAAAGACGAUCAACUCACCGACGACAUUUUUAGAGCUCAUUUCCCAGCCAACCGAAGAGAUUUCUUCAAGGAGCUUGCUAACAUCGGGUCCUCUUCUCCUGUGAACACUUCUGGAAAACCUGGCUACGAUACGCCAGUCUACCUGCGCAGGCUGCAAAGCUCGCAUAAAAGCUGUGAAAUUCCGUUGACACCAACUCUUGCUCCUGCGGAGAACGAUGAGUGUUUCGUCGGCUCUUCGCCAACUCCCGCAACUCGGGAUCCGACACCGGCCAUGAACUCAGAUUUUCCUCUAUUGAAGCAUCAAGAUAUCAUGAUGACCGAUGCUUCAGAUCCCCCGUCCUCGCCGCCGGGGCUGGAUUCGCGCAGUCCCAGUCCCAACAAAAGCCUAAAACGCAAGAAAAAUGAACGGCGGAGGUCUGCAAAAGCCAAGGAAGCGAUGCUUCGUCGUGCAGCCGAGCAGCAAACCGAUAUGAGCAACACUGCCUCAUUGAAUUCACACAACAAGCACGCCGCAGAUUCCGCCAAGGACGAUGUGCCUGAAGACCCUAAGGAAAAUAAAGCAGCUGAUCAAUCGGAUGAAAGGCCACCCAGCCGUCGCACGCGGUCUGCUUUGGGUCAUGGCGCGUUCAAUGACCAGAAUCCUAAAUGUAUUGCACCAAUUGACACGCCCAUCAAGGACACUGAAUCUUCUCCCGUGCAGAAUUCCAAAUCCAAAACUGCGUCUAAAAAGAAAAGGAGAAAGAGGAAUUCAUCGAAGCUAUCGAAUGAGGAGAGCCAACAAACGGAACAUGUUGAUAUCAAUGACCCUCCCAUCUCAGCUCCAGAGCCAUUGCUAGAGCCAGCGCCAGCUCCGGACUACUCAAUUGAUUCCUCUAGUGAGGACGUGGAAACGCAAAUAGCAUCUCAGCUUGAACAAGACUUGGAACUCGCGGUCGAUUUGCGUGAGAACAUUGACGAAGUCCAGCGUGAAGAGCAACCGCGUUCACCAGUCUCUACAAAGAAGAGGAAGCGGGAUGAUAAUGAAUCUCGUACGCCCACAGCAAAGGAGCGGCGUCGGUCAACCAGGCUUUCAUCGACCAAAGAAAUCGAUGCCGGUGACUUGAAUGAAGUGGAUAGCUCUUCAGUCAACUUUUCGUCUCCAACGCUGCGCCGCUCUACCCGUGGCUCUCAAAGGAAUGAAGAAACCAUAAACGGUAUCUCCGAAUCGGUCCAGGAGCACAAUGAAGAUAAAGUUACUCUGCGACCACCUUCGAAGCGAUCACGCAAACUCGCCCGCCUCGAAGGUCAGUCCAUCCAAGCCAGCACUGAGGAGAGUUCGAGUCAAGCCGGGUCAAUCCCGGGCACCCGCUCUCGCAAAACACGUUCUUCUAGACGCCAAAGCAAAUUCCUUGAAGAUCAACACGAUGGUCAGGACGUGAUUCCCGACAGCCUCCCACUCGUCUCGACCGAGGAGGCCACCGACUCACAAAUGACAGACAUGGGCUCUUCCAUUGAUGUACAAACGAACGAUGAAACUGAUAUUUCUCAUCACCCAAGGCCCAGUGUGGUGAUCCAAGAAGUGGUGAACAUCGAUAAUGCUGAAUACCACACUACACCACAACUCCCUCAUUCCAAUAUUACCGGAGAAGGCAUCUCCGAGUCACUCAAAAAGCUCCUGAGUGACAUGAAAUCGGCCGCUUUGGGACCCAAUGCCCUCCGCGAGGUCGACGACUUGCUUUUCAACAUUCGUAUCGAAGCGCAUGAGGCAUCACGCCGGUACAAUGCAUAG